AUGCCUGCCUCGCCCUUCUACCACCACCGCGAGGUCGACCGCGACGCCGCCAAGCUCUCCCUCGCCGCCUCCGACAUGUCCCUCCGCGACCACUCCCCCAUCCCAUGCACUACGACCCAUGAUCUCCGAACCGGACAACAUGAUCUUCGGCCUCGACCUCGACGACGGUCUCCAGCACGAACAACCCAAGUCGCCCUUCUCGUGGGACGCGAACAUGGUCCAUACAACACCAUGUCCUCCAUCCCGUUCCCCGGCUCGCCCGAGUCGACAAUAUCCCAACUUGAGCCCGGCAUCCCGGGCCACACGCGCCGCUUCGAUUCCACGUUCUCGAACUCGUCCUCGAACUACUUCCCGCCCUCCUCGCCCGAGUUCAACGAGAGCACGCUCUACAGCAACUGGAUCUCGGACCCCGACGCCUCGCACGCUUCGCCCUCGCUACCAAUCCCCAUUCCCGCCGGUCACGCGCACUCUGCGCAGUCGCCCAUGUCGUCGUCCUUCGCCGCCUUCAGCGAGAACUCGUCCAUCUUCCCUGACGUCAGCCCGUUCUCACCCACGACCGCCUACGCCGCACUACAGCCACUCCCCCUCUCGCCGCCGGAGGACACGGUGAUGAGUGACCAGCUGCUGCGCGCGGACAUGUCGGGCCCUCUUUCUCCGCACACACACAUAAUUCCGGUCGCGGCCCCGGCGAUGUCAGACGACAACUUCGCGACUCAGCGGCCGCGGAUGUCGCUGCGGCGUGGGACGCCGGUGUCACAGAUGUUCCAGUCGUCGAGCGCGCCGGCGCGGUCGUACAGCUCGCGGCGGGCGGGGUCGAUCAGCGAGUACGACGACCGGGACGGGACGUUGCGCAAGAAGCGACGUCCGGUGGAGGAGGAGGAGGUGGAGGUCCUGCCUGAGAAGCGAUCUGAGAGCCCCCCGCUCAAGUCGGUCCUCCGCCCGCCCAAGCUCGCGCCGUCCGCCUGGCAGCUCUACUUCACAGACUGGAUCCAACGCCACCAGGCGUCUAGCCACAAGAAGCUCAACGUCGCCCAGGCCGCGAAGGAGGCCGGCCAGGAGUACGCCAAACUGUCCGCGGACCAGAAGGAGCCGUACCGCCGUCGCUCUCAGGCCCUCAAGGACGCUCGCGAGCGCGACCUCAAUGCGUACAUGCGCACCCUCACGCCGGACGAUAUCAAGCGCGAGAACGCCUAUCGGACGGCGCAGCGCAAGGCGGGCAAGUCGCGCAAGGGCAACAUCAAGGACCCCAACGCUCCCAAGAAGCCGCUCAGCGCGUACUUCAUGUUCCUCCAGCGCAUCCGGUCCGACGAAGAGCUUGUCCGCGAGGUCUUUGGCGACGAAACCGAGACCACCAAGCAAUCCGUCCUCGCUGCGGGCAAGUGGCGCUCCAUGACCGAUGACGAGCGCAAGCCGUUCCUUGCGCAGGCCGAGCAGGAGAAGCUCGAGUACGAGGCCGCUCGCAAGAUGUACGAGGAGGGCUCGACCGGUUACGGCAGCAGCAGCAUCAACUUCAGCAUCCUCCCCGGAGGACCGAUCAACCUCAUGCCGAUCCCCCGCGCCUCUCAGCGCUCCAUCAAGCAGGAGCCGCCCAGCUCGGAGAGCGAGAGUGACGGGUUCGACGACGACGGCGCCGACCAUACCCGCACUUCGCGGCGCCGUUGA